CUUCCUUCGCGCUGCCCUCUCGGUGCGGAAGUGUUGUCCUCCAGCAGCAGCAGCAGAGCCAGAGCUGCACUGUGUGGAUAAACACUACGCUAGUUCUGUAGCAGGGUCUCUCGCCUCCUCGUCUCUACUGCCCGGACUUGUCAGCACUCAGCUCGGCUGUGCAGCAUAGCAGUAUUAUGCGAGCACCGUCCGGAGUGAGGGAGCACCGUGUGAAGUGAGUUUCCUUGAAUCAUCUAUAUGGGCCAUCUUCUCUCGAAAAAUGGUUACCGUCUGAAGAAGAGGACUCGUAAGUUGCAUCACAGGAAGAAGAAGAAGAGGAACUGUUUCCUGCAGCUGCCUUGCAUGCUCUGCUUCAUCGUCCACAGCAACAGCAGCGGUCUUGACGACGAAGGUGACCAUUUGGAGGCCGGCAUCAACGGCAGUGCGUGCCGUCAUAACAGCAUCACAGGGAUCAGUGUUCCUGGUGUGGGUGGAGUUGGCAUCGGAGCAGCAGCUGCCUCGAAGCUCGCCGAGCGAUACGCAACACUCACAUCUCCUGAAGACUGCUCCAAGUUCCUGCUGUCUCCGCGGGAGCUGGCUAUCUGGGAGGGCCAAGGAAGGAGCCUCUUAUCAGCUGUUCCUGCCAAACUGAUUCCACCACCCGCGCUAUUCAGAUCCGCUGGGGUGUCUGUGAACGUUCCCCUACCUGUGCCUGGCAGCACCAGUGACUACACUGAGAUGGUGUGUAAGAGGAAGUGCUCAGAGGUGCAGAGGUGCACCCCCUGUAAGCAGCCGCGCUGCGCCUUCGCCGCCCCUGACGGAGUGCUGGAGAACGGGGGAGUGGGAGGAGGUGGAGGAGGUGGAGGAGAGGCCGCCUCAAACUCUGAAACUGGCCACUGCCACCUCCCCAUCUGUCCACUCCCCUCCUCCUCCACUUCUUCUUCCUCUGCCUCCUCCUCUUCCUCCUCACCUGCUGAUGGCUGCUGCGGGUUGGGUCUUCAUGCUGAUCUGCUGCACAGCUCAGACUCGUCCCCCUGCUGCCUGCAGCAUUAUGACGACUGCCAGGCGAGAAGUUCUGACGCCACUGAUCACUCAAGUAUCAACCACCUGCCUUCCUCCAUCCUGCUGAAGGUGCUCUCUCACUUGACAGUGAAGGAGCGCUGUCUGUGUGCCUCUCUGGUGUGUAAGUACUGGAGGGACCUCUGCUUGGACUUCCAGUUCUGGAAGCAAAUCGAUCUCAGUGGCCUACAACAAGUAAAUGAUGAUCUCCUGGUGAAGAUAGCGUCACGAAGGCAGAAUGUGACAGAGAUUAACAUCUCUGACUGCAGAGGUGUCCAUGACCACGGCGUGUCCUCCCUGGCCUCACACUGCCCAGGCCUGCAGAAGUACACAGCAUACCGAUGCAAGCAGCUAGGAGACAUGUCUCUAUCGGCCUUGGCCACACACUGCCCUCUGCUGGUGAAGGUGCAUGUGGGCAACCAGGACAAACUGACAGAUGAAGCACUUAAAAAGCUUGGAGAGCACUGCAGUGAGCUGAAGGACAUCCACCUUGGUCAGUGCUACAGUAUCACAAAUGAGGGCAUGGUGGCCUUGGCUAAAGGUUGCCCUAAACUGCAGAGACUCUACCUGCAAGAGAACAAACUGGUCACUGAUCGGUCUGUGCGAGCGGUUGCUGAGCAUUGUCCUGAGCUGCAGUUUGUUGGCUUCAUGGGAUGCCCGGUGACCUCUCAGGGAGUCAUCCAUCUCACUGCGCUACGGAACCUGAAUGUCCUGGACCUGCGGCACAUCUCAGAGCUCAACAAUGAGACGGUGAUGGAGGUGGUGAGGAAAUGUCGCAACCUCAGUUCCCUCAACCUCUGCCUCAACUGGAGCAUCAACGACAGGUGUGUGGAAAUCAUCGCCAAGGAGGGGAGAAGUCUGAAGGAGCUGUAUCUUGUGUCUUGUAAAAUCACAGACCACGCUCUGAUAGCCAUAGGCCAGUACAGCAGCACCAUAGAGACUGUGGAUGCCGGCUGGUGUAAGGACAUCACAGACCAGGGAGCUACACAGAUCGCUCAGAGCAGCAAGUCCCUCCGCUACCUGGGCCUCAUGAGAUGUGACAAGGUGAACGAGGAGACAGUGGAGAGGCUGGUGGUGCAGUACCCUCACAUUGUUUUCAGCACGGUGAUGCAGGAUUGCAAGAGAACCCUGGAGAGAGCUUAUCAAAUGGGCUGGAGCCCCAACACAUCGAACACUUCGUAGCUACUGCUAGAGCUCUCUCUCUCUCUCUCUCACACACACACACACACACACACACACACACACACACACACACUCUCUCACACACACACACA